AUGGUCUCCAGGAAUGUUAGAAAACUUUCCUUCAUCCUUUUUUUAAAAUUCCUAUUCUUUCUGACUCUGAAAACAAUUCCACUUCGGUCAGUGACAGACAUGUUUCUUGACUUAGUUCUAGGUUUUAGCUUCUUCAUACAAACAGGAUUUGGUGUACUGGGAAACUUCUUCCUUCUUUGCCAUUGUACCUUCACUUUCCUAACUGGCAGCAAACGAAAGCCUGUAAAUUCCAUUUUUUUCCACUUGGCCUUGGCCAAUUCCAUAGUGCUUAUUUCCAAGGGAGUUCCUCAAACAAUAUUUGGUUGGGGGCUGAAACUUACUGUGGAUCGUACUGGGUGUAGACUUAUUGUUUUCUUUCAUCGAGUGGCCCGCAGUCUUUCUGUCAGCAUUACCUGUCUUCUGAGUGGUUUUCAGACUAUCACUAUUGGUUCCUUUACGGAUUCCAUAUGGUUAGAAUUCAGGACUUGUGUUUCCAAGUACAUUUUCCUCAUCUGCCUUUUCUGCUGGAUUCUACACAUAUCAAUAAAUACCUUUAUGCUUACAAAUAUACAGAACUUCAUGGAAAAUAGUAACAACACAAAGAUAUGGAAUAUGGGAUUCUGUUCAGAUUUUGCUCCAGAAUCAUUCAAUGUCUCUUUAUUUAUGAUUCUGUAUUCUAUUUAUGAUUUUCUGUGUGUGGGAUUUAUGAUCAUGGUCAGUGGCUACCUAGUAUUUUUUCUGCAAAGAUAUCAUCAACAAGUCCAGUAUAUUCAUGCAUCCAGCCUUUUGUCAAGAAAGUUCCCUGAGAGUAAAGCCACCUAUACCAUCUUGGUGUUGGUGAGUACUUAUGUCUCUUUCUACUCAAUCAAUUCUAUUUUGUCAUUUUACCACAUCUGCUUUGAUAAAUAUUAUCAGUGGUUGAUGCCUACUUCAAUUCUUUUGGCUGCAUGUUAUUCAGCCAUCAGCCCAUUUGUGCUUAUCAUCUCUGACUCCCAAAUUCUUUAUUUCUUCCAGUCACUCUGGCAAAAGAUCCCAAGACUUUCUCUUGCUUGAGUAUGUUACUUUUAUAAACAGAUAAAUU